AUGUCGAUCUCCCGCGCCGGUGAUGAGACCGGAACUAAGGAUUCAAAUGAUAUUGUCGAGUGCUCUGUCGAUUACAGGGGCAAGCCAUCCGUAAGAUCUUCCUCCGGUGGAUGGAGAUCAUCUGGCUUCAUCAUCGGUGCGGAGGUGUCGGAGAAAUUCGCCUACUACGGGGUAGCUACAAAUCUGAUAACCUACUUCACCGGGCCGUUAGAUGAGUCAACGGCGACUGCUGCUUCAAACGUUAACAUCUGGCUUGGAACGGCAGCGUUUUUGCCUCUGAUAUGGGGCUCUAUCGCCGACUCGUUUCUCGGGCGUUUUCGUACCAUCGUCUUAACCUCAUCUCUCUACAUCUUGGGACUUGGGCUGCUUACGUUUUCAGCAACGAUUCCUUCACUAUGCAAAGAUCAAGAAACAAACGCCUCGUGCGUUUCUCAGCUAAAAGUAACGAUCUUCUUUUGUGCUCUCUAUCUAAUAGCGAUAGGCGAAGGAGGGUUUAAGGCAUGUCUUAGAGCUUUUGGAGCAGAUCAGUUUGAUGAACAAGACCCUGGUGAGUCCAAAUCCAAGAGUGUUUACUUUAACUGGACGUACUUUGCGGUAUCAACUGGCACAUUGGCCACUCGGUUGGUCUCUAAUUAUGUCCAAGAGAAUCUGAGUUGGGCUUUAGGAUUUGGGAUUCCGUGUCUUUCCAUGAUGCUUGCUCUGUUCUUGUUCUUACUUGGAACAAGAACUUACCGGUUUAGCAUCGGAGGAGAAGGAAAAGAAGAAGGAAGAAGAAAGCAUAAUAACCCUUUUGUUAGAAUUGGCCGUGUUUUCGUCGCCGCAGCUAAAAACCGGCGACAAACUUCUUCGGAAACCUUACUUCUUCUACCUGUCCAAACUUCUACGAAAUUCAGAUUUUUGGACAGAGCGGCCAUUUCGUGCGAUUCAGCGGAAGUAGAGGAAGCAAAAGCUGUGUUGAGUCUCGUUCCAAUAUGGAUGUGUUGUUUAGUAUUUGGCCUCGUGUAUGCGCAAUCUCCUACUUUCUUCACAAAGCAAGGAUCAACAAUGGACAGAUCAAUCUCAUCAACACUCUUAGUUCCAGCAGCAACACUACAAUGCUUCAUAAGCUUAUCAAUCCUCGUUUUCAUUCCAAUAUACGACCGCUUAUUCGUCCCGAUCGCAAGAUCAAUCACCCAUAAACCAGCAGGAAUCACAACCCUUCAAAGGAUUUCCAUAGGCAUCGUCCUCUCAAUUGUUUCAGUGGUAAUAUCUGCUUUGGUCGAGAUGAAAAGACUCAAGACUGCUCGAGAUCACGGGUUAGUUGAUUUUCCAGAAGCCACGGUACCAAUGAGCAUUUGGUGGCUUGUUCCACAGUAUGUUCUCUAUGGAGUCUCUGACGUUUUCACUAUGGUUGGUAUGCAAGAGUUUUUCUAUGGACAAGUACCGGCGGAGCUUAGGAGUUUGGGACUUGCUAUGUACCUAAGCGUAAUAGGCAUAGGCAGCUUCUUGAGUAGCUUCAUGGUAUCUCUCAUCGAGAAAGCCACGAGCCAAUCGGGUCAAGUGAGCUGGUUCGCUAAUAACCUGAACCAGGCACAUCUUGAUUACUUCUACUGGCUGCUUGCCUGUCUCAGCUGCGUCGCCUUCGUUUUCUUUGUCUAUUUUGCGAAGUCUUAUGUCUACAGAAGCCUAAAAUAA